UGAGACAGCCUCCAGGGUGAGCGCAGUCACGGCAGUGAGAUGAGAUGAGAGAGAUGCUCUUGUUUUAAACAGGAAGAGGUUUGCAGGGAUGAAGUUUUGAAUCACAUUUGGAAAGCGGUCGGAUGAGUGGGUCACUUCUCAGGAGCCAGUCAUAGUGAGUCAGUGCAGAAUGGAUGAGUCAGUGUGACACUUGUUAGGGACCCAGCAUGUGUGACAGCGUGCACGAGCACUGCGUAGUGUUUGAGCGCAGUACACACUGAGCCUGUGUUUACUUCCAUAGAGAGCCACACUUUCGUUCGGUGUGAGUACAGCUCUCGUGAUUGUAGUUUCUCUGCUUGAUUUUACAGCGUUAUGGGUUUGAUGUUUUUUUUGGGUAGGAUUGUCUUGAAAUAUUGUGUGUCAUGUUAUGAUUAUGACCACCACAGAUGUGACUUCAGAGUUAGGUCAGCUUUCAACAAUAAACUUUCUGAAUGAGUAAGACAUCCGUGAGCUGAAAGUAUUGGAAACUGUUGAUUGGCUGAGAGCAUUGUUGCCCUGUGAGAAAACUUCCUGUUUCCUCCGAGUGGACGCUGGGUUGCGUUGGAACAGCACGGCAAAGGAUGCAAGUGUAAUUCAGGAAAAAAAACAUCCUAUUGUUUCUUGAGAUCGCAUAGCGGAUAUACAGCCCGCGGUUUUUAACGGCAUUCAGAAGAAACGUGAAUUCAUCGAGAAAUUAAGCGGCUGACUCUGUCCCGCCAUGAGUGCAGGAGUGAACGUGAAGAGCCUUCCACGGGCCCAGACGGGCUCUGCCAUCCCUCUACACAGAACCAGACACCCCUCCCCAAAACAUGAGCCCAAAAUCACCAGCAUUGGCCUGCAGAGACCAUCCACACACAUCCCCGGGAGCAAUCGAACCUCCUACAGCUCUUCUCCUGUCUCCUCCAGAGACGUGCUGAGGAACCAGCAUCUGCUGCUGAGAGGAAGCCCACAACGUUCUGCCACCAAACCUCAAAUACACAUCCAAGACUCUAGAUCAGCCCAAAGCAGUCCACAAGUUAGACGGAAAGACUCCCCGCUUCUGAGGGGCUCUCUGGAUGGGUCCAGGUCUGAAAGUUUGUUAGACCUCCGGUCCAACGUCAACAAGAACAUCCAGAGCUUUCGUUCUCAAGCGGGAAGAUUAGAUAACGGUAACAGCACGAUCUCAGAAGGCCCCAAAUGCCAAGACGAGAGCGGCGUUUCCCUAAGCAGUCAAAGCAGGACAGGAAUCCCUUCGUUUAGAUUUGGUAACAAAAAUCUGAGGCCGGGAGCUGCGAAUGCAGAUUCGGGUCUCCUCAAAGUUCGGAGAGAUAGAGUAUCGUUGCAGAACAGCGCUUCCAGUAGUUUCUCAGAUGAGGAGAUGUGCACGCCGGAUGACCUCAGUCCAGAGGUCCCACAGAGACCAAAUCCAGAGGUCACAGCGACUGGCAUGAAUCAGGAUGCUUGCAGCGUCGACCUGCUGAAGGCCAAACAGACACCGAAGGUCAAUAUGGCUGCCGUGGCACCGUUCCGAUACAGGCUGCAGAUUCAAGAAGACGUCAUAUCCCUGGACGAGUUCAGCGACUGUUCAUCUGACUCCAUUGAAGUGAACUGUGACGAUCUCACUGCUGGAGGAAUUCUUGGGGGUAGCCCAAGAGGACAAGGAGUAGAUCUGGAUACUGAGGCUGACAAAACCUCCACAGCCAAGACCCCUCAGGGCCAGGCGGGAUCCAAAGGAGUCGGGGGCAUGGCUGCGAAAAGGGGCAAGUCAGGGCUCCCACAAGCUGCUCCUCGGACUGAGUUAAAAGUCUACCGAGCCGGUAAUUCUGAGGGACAUCUUCCAGUGCCUAGCAGCUUGCGCAAACAGAAGUCUUUGACCAAUCUGUGUGUGCUUACGGACUUGGAGAAAAAGAUGCACCUGUACCAGCCCAAGUGGUCGGAUGAUAUGGAAAAGCCAGUGGCGGGACAGAACAAGUCUGGCUCAAAGCUCAAAGAUGCUGGAGGAGGCACUGGGAAGGGUGUUCCGCUUUCCAAGAACCUUUCCAAGUCUGAACAUUCUUUGUUUCAGGGAAAACCAAAACCUUUCAGUCCGCCUUCCAACCUGAGCAAACCCAGUCGAAUACCUAGGGGUCCAUAUGCUGAGGUCAAACCCAUUAGCAAGUCUCAAGAUCUGGCAGAGGACAAGUCAGAUGAUGAGAUCCUGUCAAGCAAAGCUAAAUCUAAUGGUAAGAAGUCUGUAAGUGGAACUACUGGAGCAGCCAACCCGGGAGGUGGGAAAGAAGCAUCAGAACCUGAGGAAGGGGACAAGACUUUUCUAAAGGUGGAUCCGGAAUUGGUUGUAACAGUGCUUGGAGACCUGGAACAGCUUCUCUUCAGUCAGAUGUUCGAUCCCGAGUCCCAGAGGAAACGCACCGUUCAGAAUGUCCUCGACCUCCGGCAGAACCUGGAAGAUACCAUGUCGAGCUUGCGGGGGUCGCAGCUCAGCCACAGCUGUAUUGAGAGCAGCAUGUGCUAUGAUAGCGAUGAGACCAAUGCUCGCAGCAUCUCCAGUUUAUCCAAUCGGUCAUCGCCCCUCUCGUGGCGCCAGGGUCAGUCCAGUCCUCGACUGCAGGCGGGUGAUGCCCCCUCCUCUGGGGUCACAGCCCACUCCCUGCCCAUCCGCGCGUCGACACAGAUCAGCCACCUGCAGCGCAUCCAGCUCAUCGAGAGUCUGGACACUGCUGAUGACGACCUUGCCGACCUCAAGUCUGGUUACCUUAGUGACGGCAAUUUGACCGGAAAAAGCCAACCAGAUGAUGAUGAUGAUGAAGAUGAUGAUGAUGACGUAGAUGUCGAUGACGAUGAUCUGGCCAACGAUUGGGAUGAGAGCAGCUCCAUCAGUAGCGGUUUGAGUGACGGUUCAGACAACCUCAGCUCGGAGGAGUUCAACGCAGGCUCCUCCCUCAACUCUCUGCCAACAACUCCCAUUGGCUCCCGGCGAAACUCCGCCAUUGUGCUGCGCACCGAUGCCGAGAAGCGCUCGCUGGUGGAAAGUGGCCUGUCCUGGUACAAUGAAGAGGGGAAGACUCAGUGCCGGACUGAGGGAGGAUACGACACGGGCAGCCUGAAGGCGGAGACGUCCAGCAAGUGGAAAAAGAACAGAAGGCAGGACGACACGACCGUCAGAGGUGAACUGAGGAAACCACAGACGCUCGGACAACCGCCCAGCGGACUGAAGAGGAGCCGCAACCCUCCGAUAGGCGUGACGUCCCCCAUCACGCACACCUCACAGAGCAUGCUCAAAGUGCCGGGAGCUCCAAAGAAUGAUCAGCGUGUUGUGGAUAAAUCCAAAACGGCAGUGAAAACAUCAGGUCUACAGCGAUCCAGCUCAGAUGCCGGAAAAGACCGCAGUGAGCAGCGAAAACCCCCUUCCGGCCUUGUCCGUCCAUCCGCCGGCACUGUAAAUUCAUUCGGUUUUAAGAAAGCAGCUCCCAGCACCGCUCCAUUGCUAACACCUGGUGGAAAUACAGUUUCAGAUUCAGCAAAUAUAAGCAAAACUCCUAAAACCUCUGGUAUUCCAGUGAAACCCUCUGCUGGUGGUGUAGGAGCAGGACGGAAGAUCAGCCUUGAUGUUUCAAACUGUGAUCAAGGCUUCAUGGCUCCGAAUGCACGAAACAACAUUCAGUACCGUAGUCUCCCGAGACCCGCAAAGUCCAGCACCUUGAGUCUGACGGGUGGACGCCCGGGCACUCGCCCAGUCAGCAGUAACAUAGACGCUGGUUUGCAGGGCCUGAAAACAGUUCCCGUCCAGUCCAAGUUAAAGGAACCGGUCAGCAUAAAGAGGUCCCACCGUGCUAGUACAGGAGGAAGCUGUCCGGUCAAUCAGACGGACCGUGAGAAGGAGAAAGCCAAAGCCAAAGCUGUAGCGUCUGAUUCAGAGUGUGGCGGAGGUGGAUCGUUGAAGAACGGCACGCUAAUGCCAACACAGAGCGCAGUGGAAACUCCUUCCAAGCUCCUGGGACUUCGGCAACCAUCCAACCUGUCAAAAUAUAGUGAGCUUCCCUCUCCAAAUUCUCAAAGGCCGUCCAGUGCCAGAUCUCUGCCCAAACCUGUUCACCUGGACAAGGUCAACUCCAACAGCCUGGACUUUGGGAUACUCAACGUGGAGAACAAGCUUCCUCCUAAAGUCCCACCCUUCUCCAAAUUACAGGACCUGUCAGGCAUGAGCAGCCCAAGCGUCUCGUGUCUGACCCCCAGCCCAGCUCCCAUCCUCAACGUCAACUCCUCUGAAUGCUUCUCCAGCGUCACCAUGGGUCGAGGGGGUGGCUCGCCCUCGUUCUACCCACGUCUCUCUGGACUGCAUCGCAGCAUGGAGUCUUUGUCUCUGCAGAUGAGCGUGUCUCCAGCAGGGAGCAUUGUGACGGAAUCCAAACCCAGACAUGAGGAGAAAGGGACGGUCAACGGCUGGUCAGCAGGAAGCAGGGUGUCGCUCACUCUUACAACCGACAGCUCACAAAGGGACCGAAAUACUCUUCCAAAGAAAGGCCUAAGCCAACACAGCUCCUCGCAGGUUGAGGAGGACAGCAAAGAGAGACGUCACUCGCACACCAUCAUGAGCUUGACAGAGACGGACAGCCCGUCGCACUUCCCUUCACCUAUACUGACAGCAAAGAUGCCACUUACAAGCAUCAUGACACCCAGCCCCACCUCUGGCACUCCCAGGAUGACCCGAUCCAACAGUAUCCCCACCCACGAGGCCAGUUUCGAGUUAUAUCAAGCCUCUCAGCUGGGUAGCACUUUAUCGCUCGCCGAGCGGCCCAAAAGCAUGAUCCGAUCCGGCUCCUUCAGAGACAGAGAAGCAGCCGAUGACGUUCACGGUUCAGUGCUGUCACUGGUGUCAAACGCCUCCUCCAGCUACUCUUCUGCCGAGGAGAAAAUGCAGGGCGAGCAAAUCCGUAAGCUGAGGAGAGAGCUGGAGUCUUCACAGGAGAAGGUGGCCUGUCUAACAUCCCAGCUGUCUGCUAAUGCAAACCUGGUGGCAGCGUUUGAACAGAGUCUGACGCUCAUGACCUCUCGACUUCAGACACUUUCCGUCAGCGCAGAGCAGAAGGACACUCAAUUAACAGAACUGAAAGAAACCAUUGAGAACCUAAAGACCAAGAACAUGGAGGCGCAGGCCGUCAUCCAAGGAGCCCUAAAUAACCCCGAUGUAGCCCCGAAAGAGUUGCGUAUCAGGAGGCAUAACUCAUCCGAGAGCAUCUCUAGUCUGAACAGCAUCACCAGUCACUCCAGUGUGGGCAGUCUGAAAGACGACGCCAAGAAGAAGAAAAAGAAGAGCUGGUUGCGGAGUUCUUUUGGCAAGGCGUUCAGUAUUAAGAAGGGCUCUAAAGGUGGCACAAUGUACUCUGAUAUUGAAGAGAUCACCACCCCAGACUCCUCCGCACCCAACUCUCCAAAACUGGCCCAUGAAGAGGGAGAGAACCCGCUCCCUUCCCUCCAGUUCACCCAAUCAUCCGCCUCUUUUGUGAUCAAUGAGUGUGAUGAGGAAAACGAGGGUGAUGAGAAGGUGGUAUCAGAGCUGAGGUCUGAGCUGUGGGAGAAAGAGAUGAAGCUGACGGACAUUCGUCUGGAGGCGCUAAACUCGGCACACCAGCUGGAGCAGCUACAAGAGACCAUGAACAGCAUGCAGAUGGUGGUGGAGAACCUGAAGAGUGAAAAUGACCAGCUGAAAACAGGAAGUGCUCCAUCAUCUUUAGUGCAGCCGUGCGGACCACCCUCAACUUCCACCUCCCAACCCUCAGGCCUCGCCAGCCUCCUCAACUGCAGCCAAAACAAACCGCCCAUGACCCUUACCAAGUCCUUCAGCCUCAGUCUCAAUGAAUACUCCAACCCUGACAUUGCUCCUAUGGAGUUACUGAGCCUACCGUCUCAGAGAGAAGACCUCUUUACACGUGUGGUGGUCCGUAUAGCUGACCAGCAAGUGUCCAAAGAGGUAAGACAACAGGAUUUCUACAUCGGCUCUGUGAGGGUUAAUGGAGAUACAGACUGGUCUACAUUAGACACAAUCAUCUCAACGGUUUUCAAGGACUACAUUUCCCAGGUGGACCCGGGUUCUAGCAUAGGUUUGUCUGUGGACUCCAUCCACAGUUACAGUAUUCAUCAGAGCAGGAGAGUGCUUGGAGCAGAAGCCCCAGAGAGCUCACCCAGCAACUGUCUCAAAAAUGACCCGGGACUCAUUACAGUUUCCCUCAAAGGGUUUAAGGAGAAGUGUGUGGACAGUCUGGUGUUUGAGACGCUCAUUCCCAAGCCCAUGAUGCAACACUACAUCAGUCUCUUGCUUAAGCACCGCCGGCUGAUUCUGUCGGGCCCCAGCGGCACAGGGAAGACCUACCUUGCCACCCACCUGGCCGAGUACCUGCUGGAGAGGAGUGGCCGCGAGCCCAGCCCAGGCAACAUCACAACCUUUAACAUGCACCAACAGACCUGCAAGGACCUCCAGUUGUACUUGUCUAAUCUGGCCAAUCAGAUUGACCGAGAUUGUGGUACUGAGGAUGUUCCAUUGGUCAUUGUCUUGGAUGACGUCGGAGAGGCGUCUUCAAUCACAGACCUGGUCAACAGUGCACUGACCUGCAAAUAUCACAAAUGUCCAUAUGUCAUCGGAACAACCAAUCACCCUGUAAAGAUGUCGUCCAAUCAUGGCCUUCAUCUCAGUUUUAGAAUGGUUACCUUCUCCAACAACGUGGAGCCUGCCAAUGGGUUCUUAGUGCGUUACUUGCACAGGAAGCUGAUCGAGACAGAGGAUGCGAGUGCAAUUCGUGGUACUGAGAUUCUGAGGGUUCUGGACUGGGUUUCUAAACUUUGGUAUCAUCUACAUGCGUUCCUGGAGAAACACAGCACCUCAGACUUUCUCAUAGGUCCGUGUUUCUUCCUCUCCUGUCCAGUAACAAUAGCAGACUUUCGUUCCUGGUUUAUUGACCUCUGGAAUCAGUCUAUUAUUCCUUAUCUACAGGAGGGAGCCAAAGAUGGUGUGAAGGUCCAUGGGCAGAAAGCAGCAUGGGAGGAUCCAGUAGAAUGGGUGAGAGACACACUGCCCUGGCCUUCAUCUCAACAGGACCAGGCUAAACUCUUUCACCUGCCUCCUCCAACCACAGGCCCCAACUCUGCUACCACUCAACAACCCAGUGACAAUAGAUCCAUCAAAGAUACUCCAAUUCCCACCAUGGAGUCGGAUCCGCUGAUGGCCAUGCUGCUGAAACUCCAGGAGUCCGCCAACUACAUUGAAUCUCCGGAACGGGACAUUUCGGGCAACCCUGGUUUCUAGGCUGAACCAAAAGACUCAAGUGGUCUCUAAUGGCUAGAGCUGUUAAAACACUCUUCUGUACAGAUUGGUUGAUAAAUGGAAAUGAAACUCUGAAGAACUUCCUACUCAAGAUCGAUUAAACGCUCGGAAGAAAGAGAAAAUGAAGAACUGAUCUUACCAGAUCUGAGCAAGAAGCUUUUUUGCACUUUUGUCUUAACCGGUCCUUCCUUUGCUUCUCUAACCUGCAAGUUGCAUGGCAAUACUUGCGACUGAGGAUUGUGAAGAUGAGAUUUUAUCUACCAUACUGGGAGCAAAACGUGCUCCGCAUCUGUUCAGUUUUGUUCUUAGGAAAAUCUGACCAUGUGGACCAAAAACAUAUUUAUUUGCAAGAGUAUCAUCCGACACAUAAAACCCUGUUGUCAAAGGUGCGGUUGCAGUAUCUCGCCAUUUAGACCAACUCGCAAGGAUGUAACGUACAAGAUGGUGCUUAGAAAUCAGCCUUAAAAGAUACCCCUCAUGUAUCAUGACAUCAGUUCCAUAGAAAUCUGAUUAUAACUAUAUAUUACCUCACAGUUUGCAUAGUGAUGCAGUUUCAAGGUGCAGUACACACUCAUAGCCAGGUUGCGUUUAACCCUUAAACACAGAGAUGCGAGAGCAAACGUAGACUGUAGACCACAGGGAUGCAUAUUUAAAGAUGCACUUUGAUUUAUAGCUUUCAAGUAAGAGCAAUGCCUGCACUCAAAACCCGAGGGGCAUUCAGAGUGUUCGGCUACAUAGGACUUGUCAUUAAUUUUCAGUAAGAGUUUGCGCUUUGAGGUGACAUGAGUGAACUAUGGUGACUCGCCACGGUUGAGCAGAGUUAAAAAUAUGCAGAGUUUAAAUAUGCAGCGACACAGACGGCGAAAUUUUAUUAUCCACCCCCAGGUAUUGUUGAAUAUGGUGUUUAAGCAGGAACACUUAAAAAAAGCACAGCAACCUGCAGACCUCCAACGUCUGAAUCGCUGCCGGUAUGAACUCACCUUCAGUGUGGGGUAAUAACAGAGGUGCUGCCAAAUGGUGCAAUGAAGCAGUAUGCAACAUCUUACCUUCAACGGUUGCUUUUGUGUGUUCGACCUGACCUUUGUUUCAACACCCAAGGUGCUUAUGGCUCAUCAAAAAAAUCAAAGGCUUGGUUUACACUGAAAGACCAAAUCUGAUGUUGAACAAAGUUAUUGAGGCCUACGUCAUUGUAUACAGUAGCAAUCAGUGUAGAUGUACCAGAUGUUUACUACACUGCCAAAACAAUGGAUCCAAUUUGAGCCAACAGGGUGGACAGUCAAAAAUCUGAUUUGUGUCCAGUGUAAACAAAGCCAAAGUGGAUCAAACAAAUGCCUUUGUAAAGUCAGAAGGUUCAGAGUAAAACAACAUUCAUGUUAGCUUGUACAUGCACUUAUGUCCUUUGGUCUUCGGUAACAAUGUAGCCAACUGUAAACCUUUUAAUUGGUUGUAAGUUGUGCUAAUGAGUCGCAGUAGAGUUUCUAAUAUCAUUCCGUUAACUGUAAUCAUGACAUAACACACACACAAAUAAUAAUAAUAGAUGUAACUCAUGAUUGUGUUUGCAGGUGCUCCAAAACUGUAAGUGCAUGAAAGCUUUAACUUUGAGGACAAUUGUGAUUAGGAGCUCGUACACACUGUGACGAUAAUCGCACGCGCUUAUCGCCAGCGAAUUUUGAGAUGUUUUUCAACGUUCAUACCCAAGCUAUUUUCAAUGGCGAUGAGCAGGAACAUGCAAAUUCACUCACUGACGUAGAUGGCGCUUAAUUAAAAACAAGGUGGCGUUGCGCAACUUUAUGCUUCUGACACUCGCUUGCCACACAGAAGAAGAAUUCAUCUUGCUUCCUCUUCGUCAGUGUGUGAUCGGCAAGACCGUUUUGUGCUUGAGCGCCACCAAUUUGUGUUAAACUGUAACUUCAGCAGCUCCAGGCACGUGAACAAAAGUGCCAAUCUCAUUGGUCGGCCAGUUUUUAACACGGCGCAUCAAACCAAAAAAACGAGCCUGAGGCGUUUAAAAAAAAAAGAUGCUUUUUUUGCGCGUCCGUGUGCACACUCACAUUGGCGCCCUUUGUUUAGUCACGAGGCGUUAAACGUCGACGAUAACACGCAAGAUUAUCGUCCCAGUGUGGACAGGCCAUGAGGCACCUUAUCAUGAGGAUGUGUUGGCAACAAAUGCCCAGUAGCAAUCUUUCAACGAAAUGAUGAUUACAUCAUUUAAUUACUAAAUUACAUAAUUAUGUAUUGGCAGUUAUAUAUACAGUAUAUAAAAAAAACAUGUCAUUGCGCACAGAACUGUAAAAUGUAAAUUGGUCAAUAUCUGCUAUGAUGAAACUUUAGUUUGCCAACAUGCCUCAUGCUCUCGAUGCUUGCCAACAGUGCUUGUGUUUUCCUGUCCUAAUGUCAGACAUAGCUUCCCUAAUGAGUAAGUGUUUUUUAAAAGUCCUUUUGUAUGAUUUUUUUACAGCAACAUGUUAGUCUGACAUUUGUAAAUAGGAUUUUCCAAAAAAGUCAAAAAAAGCAAAAAGUUAGUAGAAUAAACAAAGCAAACAAAAAACAUAACAUAGUAUGAACUAAACAAGUCCAGUUGGAGAUACAUGAAGUGAAGGAUCUUAGUAACCAUCCAGUUUGUCAAUCAUCUCUUCAUAGCCUGUAGGCAAGGAGUUUAACUGCCACAAAGUAACUAGAUCAAGUUGCCUAUGUGAACAUUUUCUCAGUCCAAGUGUCUUCUCUGUUCUCUUUCGGAUCAUACAAGGUAUUACAGUAGAUGGCUUUUACCAUGUUUAAAGUGUCAGUGGUGCGUCACUUUACACUAGUACCUCAAAUCUGUCUCAUAAUAUUAUCAUAAACAUCCCUUAAUAUGCUUCUGGAUAGUUUGGGGCUUUGGGGACAAUACCCCACAGUUUGUCAUGAAAAUGUGCCUGAUAUAAGCCAACUUGUUGGACAUUGCAAUACCUAAACUAUUAUGUGUUUUGCAAGGGAUUGCGUGCUGUGGAGGAUAAGAAUGUGAGCUAACUUGCUGUUUUUUUCUAUGCUAGCUUAUGAAGAUUUUCAGCUUGCUGGUAGCCUUGUUUUCAAAACGGCAUGGAAAUUAAGGCUAGUUUGCCAGCUGGCACAAACUUAAGCCAUUCUCUCACUGUCCAACUCGAUGUCUCUCCAUGUGUGACACACAAACUAUAUUUGCCAUCCUAAUAGAAUGUGGUGUAUCAGAUCUGGUUAUUUUGCAACCUGGUAAACUUUGGACAGCCUAAAACUGGGUGUCUAAAAGAGGGAAUGUUUGAAUUAAUUUAUUCUUGUUUUCUGCUUUCUACUAACUAUCUAUGAUUUGUAUAAGGUUUUUCACUUGUUUAACGUGAAACAUGCCAUACAUGUUCAGUUAAUCAAGAUUUCUGGGUUGUUGUCACUAUGCAGUUUUUGUGUGGCAUUUUUAUCAUAGGUUCCGAUAUUUUGACCAUAGCAGAUAACAAUGGUGUACUGUAUGUAAUAAGCUAAUGUGAAAAUUGGACAGUUUUAAUGUUGUUGAUGUGUCACCAUUGUUUGUCUGUGAAAAAGAAAACGCAUUGGACCUAUCUAUCUCACUGGGAUUUCAAACAAAAAUGUAUGUUUUUCUUCAUUUAUUAAAACAAAUUUAUGUUCCUUAUUGUUUAAUAGAUCUUACGAUUUUGUAUAGAAUGUUGCAAUUGUAAACAAUGUACAUAGUGAACGCAUUUGCGACCACAAUCACAGUAAAAUAUAAAAAAGAUCUGGCCAUUGUUUUGCAUUUUUUUUAGGCAUGUGCUGAUCCGAGAGAAUUCCAUCCAUUAUACGUAUAUUCACUCAAGUUUCAAUAAACAUAUGCCAGUCCUACACUAAGAUGUCUUCCUUAUUCAGUCUGAAUGUUAUUAAUUCGUUUAUUUUGGGGAAAUUCUCAUAAAUGUUAUGAUUUUUGUCCUAGUGACUUACUGUUGAAACUGGAGUCCUAACUGAGAUUGAGAAUAGAUUUUAUUUUAAUGUGUUAAGAAAAAUAAUGAUUUGUAAUGAGUAGUAGUCUUGCUACUGAAAAGCUAGUUCUGACAUUUCAUUUUUGCCAUAGAGACCUGUGUGUAAAGUGGACAUUUGAACAUGAAUAAACACGGUUCAUCUGUAAAUAUGCACAUAGUUUGUUACUCAGACAGAAGCUUUGUGCUGCAUGAUACAAAUAACAAUAACAUAAUAAAACCAA